ACAACAGCAGCAGCAGCCGCAGCCGCUGCCACCAGCCAGCCGUGACAGCAGCCGCGAGGCUGAGAAGCAGCAGCGCGAGGUGGAGAAGCAGCAGCGCGAGGCGGAGCGGCUGCGCCAACAGCGUGAGGAGCUACGCCAGGAGGAGGAGCGCAAGAAGCAGCAGCAGGCGGUGUCGCAGCACUUCGCCGAGUCCAUGCGGCUGCUGCAGCAGAAGGGCCGGCUGGGCCCGGCGCCGUCGGGCCCCGGCGCCGGGCUGCACGGCGCGCCGGCGCCGCCGCCCAGCCGCUACGAGUCGGUGCGCGGCGGCGAGAGCUCCGAGCCGGAGCGUAUGAUCCGCGACUCGAUACACCGGCUGUACCAGAGCACCGAGCCGCCGGCCGCGCACAAGCCGGAGCCGGGCCCGGCGCCGGCGCCGGCGCGGCCCGGCUACGCCGCCGACUUCAUGGCCUACUACGACCACGUGCGGGGCGUGCAGGCGCACUCGGCCAAGCCGCCGCCGCCGCCGCCGCCACCGCCUCCGCCGCCUCCGCCGCCGCCGCCAGUACCGGCGGCGUCCGACCGUCACAGCCCGUUCCUGCCGCAUGCGCCCGUGUGA